GCCAAGCCAAGGCCGAGGAUCGGCGUGGCCAUCGGCGACCAGAUCCUGGACCUGAGCCUCAUUAAGCACCUCUUCACCGGGCCCGUCCUCUCCAAACACCAGGAUGUGUUUAUUCAGCCAACUCUCAACAACUUCAUGGGGCUGGGCCAGGCCGCCUGGAAGGAGGCGCGAGCUUUCCUGCAGAACCUGCUGUCCGCCGGCCAGGCCAGGCUCCGGGACGACGCGGAGCUGCGCCGGAGGCGUCCGGGUCCCCAAUGGGCCCUCUCUCUCCCGCGACUUCCCCCCGCAGGUGACUACACGGACUUCUACUCCUCGCGGCAGCACGCUGCGAACGUCGGGAUCAUGUUCCGGGGCAAGGACAACGCCCUGAUGCCCAACUGGCUGCACUUACCCGUGGGCUACCACGGCCGCGCCUCCUCCAUUGUGGUGUCGGGCACGCCGAUACGGCAGCCCCUUGUCCCCGAUGUCGUUGCAGCGAAGCCUCCCGUGUACGGCCCCAGCAAACUCUUGGACAUCGAGCUGGAAAUGGCUUUCUUCGUAGGCCCCGGGAACCGCCUGGGGGACCCGAUCCCCAUCUCCAAGGCCCACGAGCACAUCUUCGGGAUGGUCCUGAUGAACGACUGGAGCGCCCGGGACAUUCAGAGGUGGGAGUACGUGCCGCUGGGGCCGUUCCUGGGGAAGAGCUUCGCGACCACCAUCUCCCCGUGGGUGGUGCCCAUGGAGGUAGAGGAUCAGCCCCGGAGCCACACGAGGCCCUGUGACACCCCCUCCCUUUUCCGUCCUCAGGAGCCAGAGAGCUUCGGCUCCAUGCUGGAGCUGUCCUGGCGCGGCACGAAGCCCAUCGAGCUGGGCGGCGGGCAGACCCGGCGGUUCCUGCAGGACGGGGACGAAGUCGUCAUCACAGGUGCGGGCGUCUCCUGCUAA